AUGAGUAACGCCGGCUCAACUCGUGGUCAUGGCGGUUCUCAUCGAGGCAGGACUUACCGAAGGUCUUCCAACAACGAAGCACUUCCUGAUGCCACCAUAUCAGUCUUCCAAAGUCAGCGCACCCCAAGUGUCGGUUCUAGUCGACGCCAUCGUGGCUUUCAGCCAGAUGAAGUGAACAAAACAAAAGAAGAACCUGGGCUUGGAGACUCUGCAAUUACCCAAAGUAGUGACAAUGCGGAGACUCUGACCGCCAGCGAUAAUCAUCCUAAAGCUUCUGCUACAAUCAACAAGCUGGCGUCUACAAUGACUCCAAGAUCGACUGAACCUCUUGCCCCUCACCGGCGAACUCAGGUCAAAGACAAAAACCCCGAUCAUCAACCAUUUACUCACACACAAGUGACAACGACGGACGCGUCUCAUCCGGAGCUUGAUUCCGUGCCUUUCCGUGGUGACUCUGAGCAUAUUGAGAGCAACACCUCAUCCAUCCAAAUCAUCACUGAGCGGAAGCCCUCAUGCUGGUCGAUUGCAAGUCCACCUGAGGCUCCGCUCACCGAGUGGAACAGUGCUGCAGCAAACAUCGAUAGACCAGCCAAGACAAUUUUGCCGACCUAUCGGAUGCCAAAGUCAGAGCACACGGCAGGGCUCGAAACUGUAUCUAGUUCUUUCAAUCGACAACAGGCUAAGCUCAACCCACAAGCAACCGGAUCCAUGCCAAAGACGCAAAAGUCUCAUGAGAUGGCAGGGUCACCACGCCUGGUAAUCUCAGAGAAAGAUGAAGUUCAAGCUACAGCCCGUGUUGCUUCUCAGGAAGAAGGCUAUGCUACCGACUCGUCGCACCACCAAAUCCAGCAGCUACGACACGAUGGGCGACUCGAUGCUGAACAAGUCCCAAAGGCGAAAGCAGCUCAGGAAGAGGUGCUUGCGAGAACCAUGCAGGUCUCAUCCGGAGUUCAGCGGGAGAGCGACAAAUUGAAAGCUUCUUGUCCUUCUCAAGACACAUCAGAGGCAAAACUACUUCAUGUGAAAGAGAAUAGCAUUGCCUCAUCUGCCGUUUCUUCUCAAGCAAAGAUUAAUGAAGUUCCCAUCCCGCCAGGGAAACAGAGCGUUGCAGCCCUUCCGCACCUCAGAGUGCAAUAUGCUCUUCCUGGGUCGGACAACAAGAAUAAGCCUCUCCCACCUCACCUAAGAGGUUCGGCUAGUCCUACUACCACUACUGCCACAAAAGCAACCGCUCAUGACGAAGAGCUCAAGCCUGGAAAGCAUGCGAUCUCUGCAAUGCAGGAUAACAGAGUUCCGCCUCACCUUCAGGGUCUAUCUGCGGCCAAGACCCGAGCGACGAAAUGUACCCUUUCAGUCACAACUCCAUCACCGUCUCAAAAGAAAGAUGACAGCUACCGACCAACGAUCGACAUGGACGAGGAGAUCGCUGCAACUCAAAUGGUCCUCGAUAUAGAUGAAGAGAUUGUUGCAGGUCUACAUGCAGAAACAUCUGCCACAUCUCCUGUAGCUCAGCCCACCGAUAGCAAUGCUCAAAAGACCACCGAGCAAGUUAUCUACGUCCCGCCCCACGCUAGGGCUUCAUCUUUGAGAUUGAAGGCAUCUGCAGCCGAGUCGAAUUCCAAAGCCACCGAUAAGGGCGCGAAACCACAAGCCGAUCAACAUGGGGAUGGUAAUUACAGCACGAACACGAAGUCAAAAGGCCCCACAAUGGGACCUUAUGCUGGCGCCCUUCAGGAAGUAAACAGUAUGCGGAAGAAUGUCAACUUGGCGUCUCCAUCGAAAAUUAGUGCUGCUCCGAAUCGUGUGGAGUAUUCAGUCAAGAAAGGCAAGAAGCAAGCAAGAGAAUUCGAGUCGGUCGAUUACACUUCAGAAUUAAUUGGUUGGGAUGGCAAGAUGAGCCAGCCACCUGUAGGUGACGAGUGGGAUCGCCGUCGGCCCUUCAAUACUCAGAGCCAUGAGCGCCUCUCGGUCAUUGAAGCAUGGAGAGAGGAACACGCUGCAGAUCCGGAGGAGAACAGUCGUGUGGUCGUCAACACGGCAAGCGCUGAUUUCCAAACCGGGGAGGGCUUGGCUGGAGGCGAUGUGAACGUGCUAAGCCCCAUUGACAAAAUGGACCAUGAAACUCAUAGCCCCAAUGAUGACUUCACCCAAGCACGUCGCCACCAAAACGCCGCAGAGGCUAUGAAAAACUACGAGGCCAAGAUCGCGGCCAGACCACAGACUAUGCCUUCUGGCAUAAGGGGCAUGACAAGGGAAGAAAAGCGAGCCCUCCGACGUUUACUCAUAGAGGAAGAGAGAACAAGAGUGAUCCCACCUAAUCCACAUGCUCCUGUCGCCAACAUAUACCUUCGCCCGGCUGAAUUCAAGGACAUGGGCCAAGUUAUGAACAUUUACAACCACAACGUGCGUGAGACAAGCUUUGUGCCUCAUCUGGACCCUGUCGAGGAGUUGUACUGGCGCGGUCGUCUACAAGAGGCUGAAAAUGAGAGGAAUCCUUUUGUUGUUGCUAUCCACAUGGGAGAGAUAUCUUGUCGCCAUCAGGCAGAUAUAAUUCGGAAGAAGCAAGAAAAUGUCGUCGGCUUCAGUGUCGCUGCCGACUUCGGGACCAAAGACACGAUGUACCACAGCAGUGUCGAACUUGAGCUCAUGGUCCAUGCAGACUUCUAUCGCCAAGGCAUUGGACGGACGUUAAUGGAUCGUAUACUUGCAGCUUUGAGUCUAGAUCACAAUCUCCUCGACUGUGCUCCUUUCUUGCCUCGCAACGACAUCUCUUAUUGGAUGUCUGGCGGCAGUCGUCAAGCUAAGGCAAUUAUGGUCAACAUACUCUAUUUCGAUGGCAAAGAGGAUCCUGUUACUUGGCGCAAGCAGUGGUUGGCUAAGUACGAGUUCCAGCAUGUAGGCACAUCGCCUCAUAUUGGCUUCAAGACGGGCAAGCUGUAA